UUUUCAGAUCCUCUCCUCGAUUUGCAAACGCUCAUCAAAUCUCAGCAUCACCAUCACCAAACCUGUAAUCGAAGCAGAAAUUCCAAAAAUCCCAGCAUCAACAUCACAAACUAACAACAACAGUACAAUAUUUAGGAUCAAGAAGCCAAAACUAGAUUCCGCGAUGGUCGUUGAUUGUGUGCAAGAGAGUCAUGUCGAGAACAUGGGAAGGUGAUUGUGGGUGCGGCGUUGCGACAGCUAACAGAUCGGUGGCCGCGGAGUUGCGACUGCUAACAUAUGGGCGACCGGGGCGUUGCGGCGCAAGUCCAUUAUGCUCACUCUGCGUUUUUCUCCGAACUUUUGCCUCGUUCUUGAAAUUCUUUUCCUUUCACUCAUUGCAGCUAUAUAUGUGAUACCGGGUGAAGGCGUGAUAGAUGCAUUGGGGCAUGCUUUUAAUUUCCUAGAUCUCCCAAACAAAUUGUAGCAUAAGUCCCAUGGCCAAAGAGACUAGUGUUGUUUAUCUAUAUCCCAGCAAAUCACAAGUUUGGGGUGAGAAUUUUGAUCAUAAAAAACUUGUAAUAACAACACUAGCUGCUAAUGGAAAGAAGGAGGAGAGUAAUGGAGCACCUAAUGACACAUAUCCUGCGUUUCCCGGGUGGUAUGCUGAUGUUUCCUGGCCAGGAGAAGCACACACAUAUAAAAUAGAAAAGAUUCUAUUCCACGGGAAAUCAGAAUUCCAAGAGCUUCUUGUAUUUGAGUCUUCUAGACAAGGCAAGGUUGCAAUUCUUGAUGGGCAUAUCCAGCUGACAGAAAACGAUGAAUUUGCUUACCAAGAGAUGCUCACUCACCUUGCACUCUGUUCCAUUCCAGAUCCAAAGAAGGUGCUGCUUAUUGGAGGGGGAGAUGGUGGAAUUCUUAGGGAAAUAUCACGCCAUUCUUCUGUUGAGCAUAUUGAUAUAUGCGAACUAGACCAAAUGGUCAUUGAUGUUUAUUCGGAGUUUUUCCCGGAUAUAGCUGUUGGUUACGAGGAUCCCCGAGUGCAUGUUCAUAUCAGCGAUGGAGUUGCGUUUAUCAAUUCUGUUCCUGAGGGCACUUACGAUGUCAUUAUAUCGGAUGCUUUUCCAGCAAUGGGGCAUAGUGCUGAUGUUCUUGCUGAUGAAUGCUUCUUAGAAUCAGUAGCAAAGGCUCUUCGACCCGGAGGAGUGUUCUCUGCUCCAGCAGACAGCCUGUGGCAUAAGAACUUUGUGGUUGCAGACACCAUAGCAAAUUGCAAGAAGAUAUUCAAAGGCUCCGUUAACUAUGCUUGGACCACGGUUCCUACAUAUGCAAGUGGGGUGAUUGGAUUCAUGCUUUGCUCUACGGAGGGUCCACCAGUGAACUUCAAACAUCCAAUAAAUAAAUUGAAUCCAGAGAAAAAUGGGGUGGCAAAGGGACCUACUAAGUUUUAUAACCCAGAGAUCCAUGCUGCUGCAUUCUGUCUGCCUUCUUUUGUGGACAAGGUUGAUUGAUCCAACAGACAUUCAUAAAUGACUCGGUAGCAUUAAGGAAUUGCUGUUAGUUACCCUUUGUUUUUGCUGUGUCGUUCUGCAUAUUUAUGAUAUUAUCCUUUUAUUAUGUUAUUUAGUUUUAUUUUAUAUUCCCUAAAAUAUUAGAUGUUACACACGUGUAUGAUUAUCAUCUAAUGUAAGGUUUGCACCUAUUGAGGUAUCAAUGAAAUGAAAUCUGAAAUUUAGUUUUUUCUCUUUA